AACCCGCCACCUCCGCCUCCUCUGUUCGGCUGACCCACCGCCAGCCAGCCACCACCAUUACCCACACCGUGGUUUGCUCGCUAUAUAUCCGCGCGCCGCAAGCGUCCGCCGAGGUGCAUAGCAAAGGCAAAGGCAAACAUGGUGUUGGAGCAGGAGCAGGAGGAGGUGUUGCCGGGGGCGGUGCACGGGCACCGGCUCUCCACGGUGGUGCCGAGCUCGGUGACGGGGGAGGUGGACUACGCGCUGGCGGACGCGGACCUGGCCUUCAAGCUGCACUACCUGCGCGGGGUGUACUACUACCCGCCAGGGGACGUGGCGCGCGGCCUGGCAACCAAGGUGCUCAAGGACCCCAUGUUCCCCUGGCUCGACGACUACUUCCCCGUCGCCGGCCGCGUCCGCCGCGCCGAGCAGCAGGAGCCCGAGGCCGCCGCCGCCGGGGCGCCGCGCAGGCCCUACAUCAAGUGCAACGACUGCGGCGUGCGCAUCGUGGAGGCCAAGUGCGACCGCGACAUGGACGACUGGCUCCGUGACGACGCGCCCGACAGGCUCAGGCAGCUCUGCUACGAUAAGGUGCUCGGCCCCGAGCUCUUCUUCUCGCCGCUGCUCUACGUCCAGAUCACAAACUUCAAAUGCGGCGGGCUGGCGCUGGGGUUCAGCUGGGCGCACCUCAUCGGCGACGUGCCGUCGGCCGUCACCUGCUUCAACAAGUGGGCGCAGAUCCUGAGCGGCAAGAAGCCGGAAGCCACCGUCCUCACCCCGCCGAACAAGCCGCUGCAGGCCCAGUCCCCCGCGGCCGCGGCGGCGCCGCGCUCCGUCAAGCAGGUCGGGCCCAUCGAGGACCACUGGCUGGUCCCCGCGGGCCGCGACAUGGCGUGCUACUCCUUCCACGUCAGCGACGCAGUUCUCAAGAAGCUCCAGCAGCAGAGUGGCCGCCACGCCGCGGCCGCUGGCACCUUCGAGCUCGUGUCCGCGCUGGUGUGGCAGGCGGUGGCGAAGAUCAGGGGCGGCGACGUGGACACGGUGACCGUGGUCAGGACCGACGCGGCCGCGCGGAGCGGCAAGUCCUUGGCCAACGAGAUGACGGUCGGGUACGUGGCGUCGGCGGGCUCGUCGCCGGCGAAGACGGACGUCGCGGAGCUGGCGGCGCUGCUGGCCAAGAGCGUGGUCGACGAGACCGCCGCGGUGGCGGCGUUCGCGUUCCAGGGUGACGUCCUCGUGUACGGCGGCGCCAACCUGACGCUCGUGGACAUGGAGCAGGUGGACGUGUACGCGCUGGAGAUCAAGGGGCUGCGCCCGGUGCACGUGGAGUACGGCAUGGACGGCGUCGGCGAGGAGGGCGCCGUGCUGGUGCAGCCCGACGCCGACGGCCGCGGCCGCCUCGUCACGGCCGUGCUGCCCAGGGACGAGAUCGACAGCCUCCGCGCCGCGCUCGGUAGCGCGCUGCAGGUCGCCUGAGCGCCGCGGCGUUCGUCUGAAACUACAGCUACAGCACGUAUCAUAGCAUGGUGAUCUGAAAAUACAGUCGCUCGUGUGUUAUCUACUGGUGAUGUGAUGUACGAAUGUAGGCUGAUGCGCCAAUACUGUGGUCGAUUUGCGAAGUUAUUUGCAAUGUAUUGGAUGAUGUUUCCUUAAUAAUUUGCUCGAAUAGAUCAUGCAAAAUGUACCAAGAUUUACACUGCAGACUAUAGACAAAGUUAACAGUUUGAGACAACAUAAU